AUGCAUUCCUCGAUCCUACUGCUUCUUGCCUUCACCUCUAUUACUGCUGCAUGUCCUGGACUUUUUGGGAUGAUGGGUGGAGGUGGAGGUUGUGGAUGUGGAGCCCCACCACCACCAUCCUCCUGUGGCUGUGGUGGAAAGAAGAAGAGAUCUCUUCCUGAAAAACCGACGUUCCAUGGAAUUGCUGCUUCGGAUGAAGAUGUGAUGUGUAACACUCCGGAAUUGAAGAAAAUUAUCAAUGAGAACAUGCAAGCCUCUGCGGUCGAUUCCUCGAAAGCCAUCAAUGGAGCAUUGGAAAGCAAGGAGCUCAAUAGAUUCACUGUAGUGUGCUCGGAGAAUCAAUUUGUCUUCACAAUCCGCGCCGACACUGCCUACUGUGGAGCGAAGAAUAAUGGGCACACUUGUAAUGUUUUCUCAAUGUAA